GUCUCCGACUCUAUGAAAUUAUUGGCAGAUGUCGAAGAAAAGAAAGCUCAGAAGACUGAAAAAGAGAAAGAACUUAAGAAUUCCACGGAGGGUGGGGGACCGUCGCAACAACAAAAAUUACGCGUUUGCGAGGUCUGCAGUGCUUAUUUGUCAAUUUAUGACUCCGAUCGACGUCUUGCUGAUCACUUUGGCGGAAAGAUGCAUAUCGGAUACCUUCGCAUUCGUGAAUUGUUAAGAGAACUCAGAGAGAAAAAUAAAGAUCGAAAUGCAGGCUCAGGGGCUCGCGGGUACGAUGACAGGGAUAGAGAUCGCGAUCGUUUUGAUCGUGAUAGACAUCUGAUCGUCGUUCCUAUGACCGCCGUUCUCGCUCUCGCUCACCAGAUAAACGUGGACAUGGACGUAGAAGGUCUCGAUCUCCGACGGCUACAUCAAAUAGACCUCGACGACAUUAAUCAUUUGGGUGUCGUUAAUGUAACCUAG